AUGAUUAUCAAGUGAAUGACUGUUAGGUAUGGGGUUGGUGUUACAUCCGCCCACGGGGGUAGCGGGACGAAUGGACCACUUCCCGUAGCAUACACGUAUCGCCCCAUCCCGCACAAUCGUACUGAUUUACAUAUUGAUAACAACCAAUGCGAGCUCACAAACACUCGACGAUCACAGCAAGUUAGUACCGUAUCAAAGAACAAAGCCAACCUCUCUUCAUUCUGGCAGUACCGUAAUAUUACAAUGGCUUCAGCAAACUACCUUAGUGUUCCAAUGCGAGCAUCUCGAAGAUCUUCGAUAUCUUCUACAUCAGAGGACAGAAGAGCACCUAACUUCGACGCCUUGCGGCAUGAUGUAGAAGACAUCAAAGAAACAAUUCGACGUCUCUACAGACAACUAGAUUCUUACGAUGAGAAACGUCUUCAACUGAAUGAAGGUUUAGAGAGCCUCAAACGAGCAAAUAAGGACUAUGAACUCAAAGUUCGAGACCUCCUCGACGUCUUUAAAAAUCCUCCUGCAACUAUUAAUUUUUCUUCGUACAGCUCCAAAGCAAGUAAUCGUUUGGGAUCCGGAUUACUGCAAAGUUAUGGCUCGAAUCAAAGUUCGAGGUCUUCUUCACGAAGCGGUACAAAUGCAGCAGUUUUUGAUGAUGAUUAUGAGGAGGAUUCGUAUUAUGAUGAUUAUCCAAAUGAAAGAAACUUCACCAAGAGCGUAGAAAAUAUUGAUGAUGAUUCGUCGGAAGCUUGAAUCCUUUAUUUACAUUGAACUGAAUUCAAUUUAUUUUGAGUCUUUUGUCACUACGCAAGGCUAUCCAGUCUGAACUAUUCUGAAAAUAUUUUGGAAAAAAUAAGGCCAAAAUCGAGACAGUUUUCGUUUAGAUAUUUUUUGUAAAUUUCUUAGAUAUCUUUGUUUUUUGAAGAAAACAUUAUUUUUGAUACUCCUAUGAUUACGAUAUAAAAGAUGCGUAACUAACGUGUAAUUGCAUUAAAAAAAUUUUUGUUUGA